AUGGUGAAAAUGACAAAAUCCAAAACUUUUCAGGCUUACCUGCCAAAUUGUCAUAGAACUUACAGUUGUAUUCAUUGUAGAGCACACCUAGCCAAUCAUGAUGAAUUGAUAUCCAAGUCAUUUCAGGGAAGUCAGGGGAGAGCCUACCUCUUUAACUCUGUGGUAAAUGUCGGUUGUGGUCCAGCAGAAGAGAGGGUCCUUUUAACUGGUUUGCAUGCUGUUGCUGAUAUAUACUGUGAGAACUGUAAAACCACGCUUGGCUGGAAAUACGAGCAUGCCUUUGAAAGCAGUCAAAAAUACAAGGAAGGAAAGUUUAUCAUUGAACUGGCUCACAUGAUAAAAGACAAUGGCUGGGAGUGA